AUGAGUGAUGGGAUCGAGGAGGACUUCAGAAUCGCGCUGGAAGAGUUGACGACGAACGAUCGCUAUGCCAUCUCGAAUCUCACGUUGAUUGCAAAAGAAGCAGUCGCGGCAGCAGAAUCAAUCUCAAGAUGCCUCGUCAAUCAUAUCAAUCGGGCGCCUCCUGGCCGGAAACUGCCCGCAUUGUAUCUGCUUGACAGUAUCAGCAAGAAUGUGGGAAGCCCGUACACCAUCUACUUUGGGCGGAACUUGUAUGGCGUCUUCAUGGGCGCAUUCAGUCAGGUUGACGACAACGUCCGGCGGAAACUCGAGGAGAUGCUGAGAACGUGGCGCGAACCUGUGCCUGGCAGCACCAGCACGCAGCCAGUCUUUCAGCUUUCGGCUACUCAGACCAUCGUUGAUAAUCUCAACAAGCUGCGGGCAAGCAAUCCGCAACGAUACCCUCCACCUCCACAACCUCGAAUGCCACAAUUCCACCCACAGCGAGACACACCAACCCCUCCACAACAGCUGCCGCAAAGGCGCCGUCCCAAGCACAGGUAUGGACAUCCUGGCUACCCUCCACCGCCCGCCGUUCCACAGAGAUACCCUCCGCCUCCUAUCAACCAUCUACCGCCAACUCCACAGCCGUUGCCUCCACCUCCAGCACCUACCGUCGAUCUCACAGCCCUGCACCGCGACAUCGAUGACCUUACCACAGAUGCAAAGAUCGAGUGUGCGACCCACCCUAUGGACAUACCUGCACAGAAGCGUCUCACAACUCUACAAACGCUCAAGGAGAUAUUGGACAGCAACGGAGCCUCUCCCUCCGAUUUGCUCUCGAUCCGUCAGUCCAUAGACGGACAACUAGAAAAGAAGAAACAAGCAGCAAUUGCAGCUGCACUCCUGCCCGUUCCUCCGCCUCCCCCACCAGCUCUCCCAGCAGGUCUAAAUUCCACAAAUCUCGCCGACCUCCUCAGAGCCGCGACUGGCACACCGCCAGUCCUGCCACCACCUCCAGUUCUGCCCCUACCACAAGCUCCCGCUGCCCCUCCUGCCUUCUCGCUGCUCGACCAAUUGAAAGCCGCAGGGCUUGUAUCAAAUGCCCCAACACCGCUACAGGCCCUGACACCACCAGCUUUCCCCAUGUCCGUUGAAGUCAGCUUCACGUCAGCGUCGUUCAAGGUCCACCGCCCACAGAUGAUCACCUCAUUCCUCACAGCUCGACCAAAUCAAUGCAGCACAUGCGGCAGGCGUUUCACUUCGGACGAAAGCGGCAAGGAGAGAAAGGCACGACAUCUCGACUCCCACUUCAAGACCAAAGCUCGGAUGAUCGAGGCUGAGAAGCGUGGUCAGAAUAGAAGCUGGUAUGUUGAUGAGCGGGAAUGGCUCGCCAGCAGAGAAUACGACGACGCAGAAGAAGGCACGGAAUCAGCAGCGCCAUCUCCUGCAAAGAAGGUGCAGGACUUUGUGCGGGCGCCAACUGAUCCGACACUGCGGUCUCUGCCCUGCCCAAUAGACCAGGAGACGUUUAAAAGCGAAUGGGACGACGGAGUACAGGACUGGGUCUGGAGAGACUGUAUAUUCGUGGGAGGACGUUACUACCACCUGUCUUGCUAUAGAGAAGUCCAUCGCGAUCGCGAGAGCACUCCGGUGCCUCGAGUAGGCACUCCUGAUGUUGCAAACAGUCUUCCUCGUAAGCGGAAGCUCGAAGAUGCGUAG